AUGCCCUCAGCGGACUCAGAAUCGCCGGACGAGAGCUUUUUCAACGACCUGUCGCAGCAGGGACCAGAUUCGAACGAGAACAACGCGACCACAGAUGCGCCGGGGGGCCGCAAGGACGAUGCGGCAAGCAAACAGAAGCGCAUAGCCUGCGUGCUAUGUCGCAAAAGGAAGCUACGAUGCGACGGGACCAGACCGACAUGCGGAACCUGCAAACGUCUGUCGCACGCCUGCACAUAUGAUGAGGUGCGCAAGAAGAGUGGGCCGAAGCGGGGAUACGUGAAGCUCUUGGAGGCCCGCCUACAGCAGGUCGAAACUCUUCUCAAGAGUCAGGAAUCCACCGAACAGACCAGAGAACCCGCGCGCCCGGACGCGACUACCGCAUAUGUCGCGAGUACGGUACAGCAGCCGCUGCCCAACUCGAACGAAUUCUUAGGAGCCUCAGAUGCAAGGCUCAGCAUAUCGCCUGGGCCCGAUGCCUUUUCGAACAACGCAACGUCGCCAGAGGGCGAGUUUCAGUGGGAAAUGAUUGGCUUGGGCUUGGAUGAGCCGCUUCCACCUCAAGAUGUACAAGAUGAGCUCUACCAAAUAUACUUUACGAAGAUUCAACCAUCGUUGCCCAUCAUUCACAGACCGCGCUUUAUGGCUGCUAUGAACCUGGCGCCUCACAUGCGACCGCCAGUCUGCUUACGAUACGCUAUGUGGACGCACGCGGCUUCUGUGGCCGACAAAUACGAUGCACUGCAGGAGCACUUCUACCAGCGGGCAAGGAAGUACGCUCAAUCAGACGAGAUGAAAGGCCAUGGCGAGGGGACCAUAACGCUGGCACAUUGUCAGGCAUGGGCCUUGAUAUCGACAUACGAAUUCAAACAGAUGUAUUUUCCACGAGCUUGGAUGUCGUCGGGUCGAGCGACGCGCUUGGCACAAAUGAUGCAGCUACAUCGUCUGGAUGGCGUCGGACUGGACGUGAAGCAAUGCCUCCCACCUCCGAAGGAUUGGACAGAGCGAGAGGAAAGGAGACGAACAUUCUGGAUGGCGUUUAAUAUUGAUCGCUAUGCUAGCAUAGGAACUGGUUGGCCGAUGACCUUUGAUCAACGCGACAUUCUCACCAAUUUGCCUGCCAGCGACGAUGCUUUUGAAAAGAGCAAACCGAUGGCCACUGGCUCUCUGGAGCAAGCAUUAGCAGCCAAUGGAGCUAGCAAUUUACAGUCAUUCGGCGGUGUAGUACUGACGGCAGCCCUCUUCGGUCAGAACUUGCUCCACCUACAUCGGCCUGGGCCUGAUGACAAUGAUGACGACCUGAACGGUGGAUUUUGGACACGACACAGGUCCAUUGAAGGGAUGCUGCUCCAGACCUCGCUCGGCCUUCCCGACCACUUACGAUUACCUAGCGGAUCAGCGGAUCCGAACACGGUCUUUAUGCACAUGUGCAUUCACACAUCGACAAUUUGCCUCCACCAAGCCGCGAUAUUCAAGGCGGAUAAGUAUCGUCUACCGACCAAUGUCAGCAAUGAAAGCAAGAUUCGAUGUGUCACUGCUGCCGCUGAAAUUGCUUCCAUCAUGCGAAUGAUUAGCCACUUGGAUUUGGCCGCCAUGAACCCUUUCAUAUCAUUUUGUGUGUAUGUUGCGGCUCGAGUGUUCGUACAGUAUCUUAAGACCCGCCCCAAAGACCAGCAGAUGCAUGCUUCUCUGCAAUUCCUCCUCACAGCUAUGCAAGCGCUUCGACGAAAGAACCCCCUCACGGAAUCGUUUCUUGUUCAACUUGACCUUGACCUUGAGAGUGCCGGUGUUCUUGGUCUGGGGCAGAAGCCAUAUCGACCACCACAGACAGGUGGCACAGUAAGUGAAACCAUGCAGCCUCCCAACAUAGAAAAGACGUACCCUUUCCAGGAGCAUCACAUAGAGUAA